AUGGAGAUCAUUGUAAUCGGAACCGCAGUCAUUCUCCUCAUGCUGGUUUUCCCCAAUCCGGUAUUUACACAAUUUCUUGACUCUGAUUGUGGAGUAAGAUCUUCACAUAAACACGUGCCAAGGGUCGUGAAUGGAAAGGUUGCACAUAGUAACUCAAGUCCGUGGAUGGCGUUUUUGCACACCACCAAAAAUGAAUUCAUCUGUGGUGGAACUCUAAUAUCUCACAAAUUGAUACUUACAGCAGCCCAUUGCUUAAUUCCGAACACAACAAUCAUUGUUCGACUAGGAGAGUAUAAUAGAAGACAAAUAAAGGGAAAUCGUGAGGAGUAUCAGGCGGAUAGGGCCUUUCAGCACCGCUUCUACGAUCCAAACACGCAUGUAAAUGACAUAGCCCUACUCCAGCUGGCUACCAGUGUAGUUUACAAAGGCAACAUCAGGCCCAUCUGCAUUGUGUGGGAUACUACCUGGAAGCAGUUUAUCGAUGGCAUCCGAGUGCUAACCGGUACUGGAUGGGGCAGAACCGAGAUAAGGCAUGACAGCGAUGAACUUAGGACCCUAGAUAUUUCCCGCCAACCUUCGAGAAUGUGUGGCCACGUUUUGAGCGACCAAUUCUGCGCCGGAAAUUGGAAAAGCAAUCUUUGCAUCGGCGACACUGGUGGACCAGUGGGUGCAAUGGUCAGGUAUCAGAACUCAUAUCGCUUCGUUCAGGUUGGAAUCGCCAUCACAAACCAAAGGUGCCAGAGACCAAGUGUUUAUACGGAUGUGAUGGGUCACAUGGACUUUGUUCUGCGGGUUUACUGGAUGCUGAACGGAAACGACAGGAUUUUGACGACCCCAAAACCGGAAAGAGAAAUGGAUUGGGAUUGGAACGAUACUAUGCCCAAGUUCUGGUAG